AUGGCCAAGAAGACCGCAAUCGGUAUCGACACUCGGCUUUCCAUGACUCUGAUCGGCGACGCCGCCAAGAACCAGGUUGCACGCAGCCCCGAGAACACGGUCUUCGACGCCAAGCGCCUGAUUGGCCGCAAAUUCCAGGACCCCAUCGUGCAGUCUGACAUCAAGCUGUGGCCCUUCAAGUGCGUCGCCGGUCCCAGCGACAAGCCGUUGAUAGUGGUCCAAGUGGAGGGUGAGGAAAAGAAAUUCCAUCCAGAAGAAAUUUCCUCCAUGGUGCUCCUGAAGAUGAAGGAGACCGCAGAGGCUUACCUCGGCACGAAGCUCAACGAUGCCGUGGUGACGGUUCCCGCAUACUUCAACGACUCGCAGCGUCAGGCCACCAAGGAUGCGGGCACCAUCUCGGGAAUGAACGUGCUGCGUAUCAUCAACGAGCCAACUGCAGCGGCCAUUGCCUAUGGCCUGGACAAGAAGGGUUCCGGCGAAAGGAAUGUCCUCAUCUAUGAGCUUCGGCUUGCACGUUACAGCCCUGAUAUGGGAGGUGGCACUUUCGAUGUCUCGCUCCUGACCAUCGAGGAUGGCAUUUUCGAGGUGAAGGCCACUGCUGGCGACACCCAUUUGGGCGGUGAGGACUUCGACAAUCGCGUGGUGGACUUCUGCAUCCAGGACUUCAAGCGCAAGAACCGUGGCAAGGACAUGGCAGGCAACCAGCGUGCCAUCCGACGUCUGCGAACACAGUGCGAGCGGGCCAAGCGCACGCUCUCUUCCUCCACGCAGGCCACCAUCGAGAUCGACUCCCUCUUCGAGGGCAUCGACUACUCGUGCUCUUUGUCCCGUGCCCGGUUCGAGGAGUUGUGCAUGGACUACUUCCGCAACUCCAUGGGUCCUGUGGAGAAGUGCCUCAAGGACUCUGGCAUCGACAAGAAGAGUGUGCACGAUGUGGUGCUGGUCGGUGGCUCCACGCGCAUUCCCAAGGUGCAGUCCAUGAUCCAAGAGUUCUUCAAUGGCAAGGAGCCGAACAGGUCCAUCAACCCUGAUGAGGCAGUGGCCUAUGGUGCCGCAGUGCAGGCCGCUAUUCUGACUGGUGAGGGCUCGUCCCAGGUGCAGGACCUGCUGCUGCUGGACGUGACGCCUUUGUCCAUGGGUCUGGAGACCGCGGGUGGCGUGAUGACCAAGCUCAUCGAGCGCAACACUACCAUCCCAACGAAGAAGGCCCAGACCUUCACCACCUACGCCGACAACCAGCCGGGCGUGUUGAUCCAGGUCUUCGAGGGCGAGCGUGCCAUGACGAAGGACAACAACUUGCUGGGCAAGUUCCACUUGGACGGCAUUCCGCCGGCCCCGCGUGGUGUGCCGCAGAUUGAGGUGACCUACGACAUCGAUGCCAACGGCAUUCUGAACGUCAGCGCUUCGGACAAGUCCACGGGCAAGUCUAAUCAGAUUACGAUCACCAACGAGAAGGGCCGCUUGUCGCAGUCCGAGAUCGACCGCAUGGUGCAGGAAGCAGAGAAGUUCCGCGCCGAAGACGAGGCCAACAAGCUGAAGAUCGAGGCGAAGAACGGCCUUGAGAACUACUGCUUCACCAUGCGCAACACCUUGAACGAGGAGAAACUGAAGGACAAGUUCGAGGGCGGCGACAAGGAGAAGAUCGAGAGCGCCGUGCAGGAGACCCUGGACUGGUUGGACAAGAACCAGCUUGCUGAGAAGGACGAGUUCGAGGCCAAGCAGAAGGAGCUCGAGGGCAUCGUGAACCCCAUCAUGAUGAAGGUCUACCAGGCGGCUGGCGGUGGCGGCAUGCCCGAGGGUGGCAUGCCCGGUGGCGGCAUGGGCGGCGCCCCCGGCGGCGCCAGCGGCCCGACCGUUGAGGAGGUUGACUAG